CAUCUCAUCUCAUUUCACUUUACUUCUUCUUUCUUCAUCCGAACAUGCUUUGCUUCUUGUACCAUAUUACGUCAUCUUUUCUUAAGCCUACAGUCUUAUAUCUUCCUUUGUCCGUUUCGGUUUCUUUGUUUGCUACAUGGUUCGUUUUGCUGGUUCCUCAUCUCGGUACUUCGUCGCACUACUUCCUUUCCUACACUCUGCAUCCGGGCCUCCCAGACCUCCUCCUUCUCGCCAUUGCUACUGCUGCUGCUUAUCUCCGAAGCUCAAUGUAUCAUUAUUGUUGUAUAUACGUAAAUACAGCUCAUCUACAUAGAUUCCAGGAUCUGUACAGUCCCCUCUUGCAUUAUUGUUGGCGCGAAGUCAUCUGCUUCGUCAUCCUGCUCUCGCUUCCCGAUGUUUGAUCGUUAUUUGUACAGUGUUGCAUA